CUCCCCUUGCAGGCAGUCACCGGGAUUGCGCUGCCCACGGAGACCUGCCUGGUCCUUCCUCUCGGUGCCAGGAGCGCAGUCCCGGAGCGCAGGGUCCGCUCGGCGGGGGCCUCGCGGGCAGCAUGGUGUGGGCUCGGGCGGCCCUGGGUCCCUGGAUGCUCUGGGGAGUCUUGCUGCUCGUGGCCCUCGCGGGGGCGCAGCGCGGCCGGAAGAAGGUGGUGCAUGUGCUGGAGGGCGAGUCGGGCUCGGUGGUGGUGCAGACAGCGCCGGGGCAGGUGGUCAGCCACCGGGGCGGCACCAUCGUCCUGCCCUGCCGCUACCACUAUGAGGCCACCGCGCACAGCCACGAAGGUGUCCGUCUCAAGUGGACUAAAGUGGUGGAGCCGCUGGCCUUCACCGAUGUCUUUGUGGCGCUGGGCCCCCAGCACCGGGCGUUUGGCAACUACCGAGGGCGGGCCGAGCUGCAGGGCGACGGUCCUGGCGACGCCUCCUUGGUUCUCCGAAAUGUCACACUGCAAGACUACGGGCACUACGAGUGCGAGGUCACCAACGAGCUGGAGGAUGACACCGGCAUGGUCAAGCUGGACCUGGAAGGUGUGGUCUUCCCUUACCACCCCCGCGGAGGCCGCUACAAGCUGAGUUUCACGGAGGCACAGCGCGCCUGCGGGGAACAGGACGGCAUCCUGGCGUCGGCGGAGCAGCUGCACACAGCCUGGCGCGACGGCCUGGACUGGUGCAACGCGGGCUGGCUGCGCGACGGCUCGGUGCAGUACCCGGUGAGCCGGCCCCGGGAGCCCUGCGGCGGCCUGCGCGGGGCCGGGGACGCCCGGGCUGGCGGAGGUGCCGCCGGGGGCGUGCGCAACUACGGCUACCGGCACAACGCGGGGGAGCGCUACGACGCCUUCUGCUUCACGUCCAACCUGCCCGGGCGCGUGUUCUUCCUGAAGCCGCUGCGGCCCCUACCCUUCUCUGGAGCAGCGCGCGCGUGCGCGGCGCGCGGGGCGGCGGUGGCCAAAGUGGGGCAGCUGUUCGCCGCGUGGAAGCUGCAGCUGCUGGACCGCUGCACCGCGGGCUGGCUGGCCGACGGGAGCGCGCGCUACCCCAUCGUGAACCCGCGCGCGCGCUGCGGGGGCCUCCGGCCCGGCGUGCGCAACCUCGGCUUUCCCGACCCCGGGCGCCGCCUCUUCGGCGUCUACUGCUACCGCGCGCCGGGCGCGCCGGACCCCGCACCCGGCGGCUGGGGCUGGGGCUGGGCGGGAGGCGGCGGCUGGGCCGGAGGCGCGCGAGACCCCGCUGCCUGGACGCCGCUGCGCGUCUAGGCCCAGAGGCCAUGGAGGGCUGGGGAUGGGGGAGAGGGGAGCGCUUAGGGGCUGGCAUUGUUCCCUGUUGUCCCCUGGACCACGCCCCCUGUGGUGCCCUCCUGGCUGACCAAGCUGCUGUGGUCCUUGAGCACUGACCACACCCCCAGAGACAAGCCUCCUGGAGUCCCCUGGACCCUGACCAAGCUCCCCUUUCUUGGACAGUGGAUUUCUCCUCUCCCCCUGACUUUCUCCAGCAGACCAGGCACACCCCCUGAUGCCCCCUGCAGGCCAGCAGACCCCAAGGUCUCCUGAAGACCACUCCUCCCAAGGCCACCGGAACACAGAACCAUCUCAGUGGUCACCUGGUGGCUGGACCCACGCCCUCUGCAUCUCCCUGGAGACUGAAGACUUAACGGGCACCUGGCAACUGAACCAUCCUCCUAUCACCUGUAGAGAAACUAGAAGCAGCACAUUUGACAGGUGGCCACGCCCCCAUAGUCACAUGUGGUCUCCUAUCUUCUCCCCUUCGGUGACCUGUUGAUGGGGUGCUCCUAUCGUUUACCCCUCCCCCUCAAGUCCCCUGAAAUUUCUGUAGGAAGAGACCAAGUCCCCAGGUCACCGUGGACUGUGGCCCCGCUGCCUCCUCUCUCCGGUUUUAGGAGAGACCACCUUUUGUUACCGCUAAGACAGACUGAAAUGCCCCAGCUGGCUUGCAUGACUGGCUGCCCCACCCUCAGGUAUCUCUCUGGAAGGGCAAGUCCACCCCCACCUGACCUCCUUUCUCCUGGCUGUCACCAGAGAAACCAUUUCCAGGACACGGGGGCCUAUAAGAUCCAUGCUCCGGAGGCAAGCCACGCCACUUCCCAUUGUCUCUAAGGUGACCAGCCCUUCUUCUUGCCACUCACACAACCCUUCCCUCAUCAGUCACACCCAUGGAGAUAGCGCCUCCAGCCUCUAGCUGUAACCAUGGAUACCAUACUUUCUCCAUCCUGGAGGCCUACAACUCCACUUCAGUUGUCCCCACCCUGACCAACAGCCAUGGAGACCACCCUUCCCCCAACCGUCCAGAGAGUUAACCAACAACAUUCAGUCCUCCAGCUUUCACCAUGGAAACGUGCUGCCCUUUCCCCAGGCCCACCCCAGCUCCUUGCCACCCUCCAAGUUAAACAUCUGUUGCCAUGGAGACCAAACCGGAGUCUGAGGUAACAGAACACCUGUCUCCCUAGGCUUUUCCUUGUUGGUAGGGCCCUGCCCACCGGGUUGUUACCAUAGAGACUGUUAAUGUCAUUCCCAUGACAACUAACUCCCAGCUCUCAGGAACUUACCGUGGGCAGGAACUGUACCCUCUAGGGCUUAAUGGCUGUCCCUUCACCAGGUGGGCUCAGCCCCAGGCAGCAUCUCCAGACAGGGCUGGACUUAUCGGGCUGCUGUAAACCCCCCAACUGCACGCCAACUAUCUCCCAGACAGCAGCUGUGCACGAUCUACCCUUGGGACACCCAGGUAUUUUCAUUGCCUCGUACAGAUGGGCAAACCGAGGCGCUGGCAUGCCUUGGCCCUUGGAGCUGUGCAAGCACUGGGCUCCCCUUUUCCUCUCUCAGACCCCAUCCCCAUUCUCAUUGGGCUCUUCUUUUCUUCCCCAAUCCCCCAAUCCCUAUUUUCCUCCUAGGAGAUCCAGGAGAGACAGAAUGUUCUUAAACUUUAAAAUCCACUCUGAGCUCCAGGUUUUAAGGGGAGAUUUUUUUUUUUAAUGUAUUGAUUUUAGAGAGAGGGAGAGAGAAACACAUUGAUUUAUUCCACUUAUUUGUGCAUUCAUUGAUUGAUUCUUGUUUGUGCCCUGACCAGGGAUCAAACCUGCAAUGUUGACGUAUCGGGAUGAAGCUGUAACCCAUUGAACUACCUGGCCAGGGCUUAAGAGGAGGUUGUUACUUAAAGAAGUCAGAACCCAGCCAAACUCUCCAGUGCAGAGAGCCACCCAGCCGUGGGAAAUCCCAAUGCCAUGGUCUCACCUGGAGUAGCACUGGGGACCUCCUGGAGCCCUCUGUCCUGUCCCACCCAUCUUGAGGAAACCCAUGUGGGCUGGGAACCCUUGGACUCUAAUCCUACCUGUGACCAAGUGACAAAACCCCUGAGCCUAUUUCCUCCUCUGUAUCAGGGCUGCUUCGAGGUCCCAGUGAGUGCAAAGCAUACAGAAGGAGAUAUACAUAUAUAUAACGAGAAAAAGGCAGCUAAUUACUUCAAAAUGCAGUUUGGUGGACAACAUGUUUCCCAGUGGGAGGUACUUAGUGGUAAUCCAAUCAGAAGGUCCUCAUUCCUCCGGACCACAUCCCACUCCUCAAUCUCCUCUUCUUUCACCCAUUCUCCUCCCCCCUUUUCUUUGAGCUACCCCCUAUAGGUCUGGCACUUCUCAGUCCUGUCCUGAUUGGGUCUCUGACAAACCCUGUCAGUGUCCAGUGUGUGACACUGGAUGGGGACUUCCUGCUUCUGGAAGGCAGAGAGGUUGCAAUUUUCCUGGAAUGUAGGUAGGGUUGGGUGUGGGGGUGUGGUCUGAGCAGCAUUGGAAGUUUCUGAGAUACAAACAAAAGGAGAAGAGAAAGAGUGUGAUUUGGUUGCAGAAGCGAGAUGGUCGAUAUAACGGUUCAUCCUUUUAUACCAGACUUGACCAAGCUUCCAUACGCAAGCUGUUCCUCUGAUGCAGGGUCCAGCUCCUUGAUGAGACUACCUUGGGCCUUAGCAUCCUCAAACAGGGGACUGGGGUGAGGGGCAUGUACACAGAGAUUCCUGCAUGGGAUUUCUUUUAUCCUGCCUGUUCCCUGCUGACAUACUUUCUCCCUUCCACUGUUCCAGCUCCUUGGUUUCCAGUGAGUACGUAACUACCUCCACUCAUAAGAUAUGGAGGAGCUGACUCCACCACCUUGCAGCUCGGCCAGUGAGCGAUAUGGCCCAUCUCCCUGGGCAGCUCUGAUUGGUCCAGAGAUGGACUCGGGGGUUUGGGGGGCCCAUGCAGACCAAUGAGAAGUAGUCCCUGGGAUUUUGCUGGAUGAUUGGGCAGAGGGAACCUCCCUUCCACUGGGAUCACUGCUGUUGGAGUGGAUGUCUCCAGGGUCCAUUGGGAGGACAGCUAAGGGAUGGCAACUUGGAUGGAACUCUCCCACAAGCCAGAUAUUCAGACCACCCCCCCCUCACUUUCUCCCUUCCCCCAUCCUCUACUUCCCAGUUUACUUCCCAAAGUUUCUUACAUGUCCCUCCAGAGAUGUUUUAUGUUCAGUCAAGCAAACAUACAUAUACGUUUCUUUCCCCACUUUUACACAAUUGAUGGCAGCAUAUACUUUCUUAUAGUGUAAAAUUUAUAUAACAUAAAAUUCACCAUUGUAAAUGUUUUAAAGCACUCCAUUCAGUGGCAUUUUGCAUAUUUAUAAUGUUGUACGACCAUCUAGUUCUUAGACAUUUCCAUUGCCCCAAAAGACAUCCCCCCUCCUUUAAGCAAGUGCUCCCCAUUCUUUCCUCCUCCACUGCCCUGGCAAAUGCUAAUCUACUUUCUGCAUCCAUGGAUUUGCCUAUUCUUGAUAUUUCCUAUAAACGGAAUCGUGCAAUAUA